CGUCAGAAGUGGAGGCCCUGAACUCGCUGUCUGCGGACCACAGCGAGGCCAAGAGCCUGGAGCGCGGCGAGCGGCUGGUCUGCCACGAGGAGCUGAGUGUGCAGCAGACCCCAGACACCAUUUCAAUCAAAGUUGAAGAGGAUAUUGGUGGAGGCUUGCCCGCCGCAGAAGACUGUGAUGCCUUUGGAGACCGUAGCACUCAGCGCAACGCCACCUCAAAGAUUCUGGGUGUGGACGCCCCUGGCUCCUCCCACAUGUCCAGUCGUAGCGAGGAACUGCUGCAGACCCCAGACACCAUUUCAAUCAAGGUUGAAGAGGAUAUUGGUGGAGGCUUGCCCGCCGUAGAAGACGGCAAUGACAUCAGAGACUGCAGCACGCAGUCGGAGAGUCUGCGUGUGGACGCCCCUGGCUCCUCCCACAUGUCAAGUCACAGCGGGGAGCUGCGCAUCCUGAGCGUUUACGGACAAGGGGAGGGCCCACUGGCGGUGGACGGCCAUGACACCCUCUUUGUCGCGUCAGAACUGGAGGCCUUGAGCUCGCUGUCCACAGGCCACAGCGUGGCCAAGAGCCUGAACUGCAGCGUGCGGCUCGUCCGCCUUGAGGAGCUGACUGGGCAUCAGGGCGGCCGCAAGGACCGGCCCGGUGUCUUGUGUGGAAAGGUUAUUCCCAACAAUGCCAAUAUGAUCGUCCACAUGAUGCCUCACUCUGAGGAGAAGCCCUACAAGUGUGACCAAUGCCCAAAGCGUUUCAGUCAUAGCUCCGCCCUGAAUAUCCACAUGAGGACUCACUCCGGGGUGAAGUCCCACAAGUGUGACCAAUGCACGAAGAGCUUCAGUCAGAAAAGCUACCUGAAGAUCCACAUGAGAACUCACUCCGGCGAGAAGCCCUACAAGUGUGACCAAUGCAUGAAGUGCUUCAGUCAUAGCUCCACCCUGAAUUUCCACAUGUCGACGCACACCGGCGAGAAGACCUACAGGUGUGACCAAUGCCCGAAGUGCUUCAGUCAUGCCAGUCUCCUGAAGUUCCACAUGUCGCUUCACUCUGCGGAGAGGCCCUACAGGUGUGACCAAUGCCCGAAGCGCUACCGACGGAAAUGCGACCUGAAGAUCCACCUGAGGACUCACUCCGGUGAGAAGCCCUACAAGUGUGACCAAUGCAUGAAGUGCUUCCUUCAGAAAGGCCCCCUGAUGAGCCACAUGAAUACUCACUCCGGUGAGAAGCCCUACAAGUGUGACCAAUGCACGAAGUGCUUCACUCUGAAUGCCCUCCUGAAGCACCACAUGAGUACUCACUCCCUUGAGAGGCCCUACAAGUGUGACCAAUGCAUGAAGUGCUUCAAGCGGACAGGCGACCUGAAGAUCCACAUGAAGACUCACUCCGGGGAGAAGCGCCACAUGAGGACUCACUCCGGGGAGAAGCCCUACAAGUGUGACCAAUGCAUGAAGUGCUUCUGUCGGAAAGGCCCCCUGAAGCGCCACAUGAUGACUCACUCUGGGGAGAAGCCCUACAAGUGUGACCAAUGCACGAAGUGCUUCUGUUGGAAAGGCCUCCUGAAUAUCCACAUGAGGACUCACUCUAGGGAGAAGACCUACAGGUGUGACCAAUGCACGGAGCUCUUCCAACGGAAAUGCGACCUGAAGAUCCACCUGAGGACUCACUCCGUUAAGAAGCCCGUUAAGAAGCCCUACAAGUGUGACCAUUGCAUGAAGUUCUUCAGUCAGAGAGGCACGAUGAUUAUCCACAUGAGGAGUCACUCCGAGGAAUAUCCCUACAGGUGUGACCAAUGCCCGAUGCGCUUCACUCAAGGUUGCUUCCUGAAGGACCACAUGUUGACUCACACCGGCAAUAAGCCCUGCGUGUGUCUGGAGUGCAACGCCAGCUACAGCGACCCAAGCAGUUUGCGUUUGCACUUGCUCAAAGCACACUUUGACGCAAGGUAACGGGACGCUUUGAUUGAGACCUCUGUCUGGUAUUGGUUUAAAUGACUGCUUUUAGUUUUUCUUUUGAUCACGAUUAAACGCUUUCUUCUCUUGAUUCGCUUUCUGUUGUUUUUAUUAAUUGAUGUCUGUGUUUAAUAACUUAUUUCUAGGACACUUCUGACAGCAAAAUAUUUGAUUCAAUGUAGAGCUUGAUCAGGGGAAGAUACAGUCAGCAAAGUUGCCAAGCAUACAGUCAAUGAGACGAUGGGUGUACAUGAUUCUUAUAGGAAACGUUCACAUCGUGGGUAAAUACAAAGGAAACAAAGGUCAGGGGGAG